UUAAAAUUGAAAAAUAGCGUCGUGGACGUGCUCUUGAAUCCUGGGACAAUAUAAAAGGAACAAUGGAAGCUUUAGGAGACAAUCUCAAGCUAAUGGUGAAAACCUUCAGGAGGGAGUGCCACAGGGUUUUACAGUCUGAGAGGACCACUAUUCAUGGAGCUGAUGGCAUGCUGAUGGUUUUGCAAUUGGCUAUGGCUGAGGUGAACAAACAGCACGGCGGAGAGUUCAAAGUGGUUCUGAGUGAUGUCCUGAUGGCCUGGAAACACUUAUUGUUAGACAAACUUCACCUGCCACCACCCAGCUCUGCACGCUUGGAGAACUAUGAUCUCAUCCUGGAGGCAUACGAGUCUUUCCUGAAACGCUCCAACACCGUGGACCUGGUUGAUAUCUUCUCCAUGUACAAAAAGCUGAGAGCGGUGAACUCGGAUCCAGAGGAGCCAGUGAGCCCGAUCCAGUUGUUUGACUUCCUAUCAGGCAACACUGAGGUCCCAGAGUUGCCAGACUCCUCAGUCCCAUCAACACCAUCUAGAAAAAGCAGGCCUUGCAGCUCACAGGUAAAAAUGGCAGUGAGACGAGUUUUCUUCUCAUAUCUGAGUUUGCUUGUGAACUCCAAGAAUGACAUGGCCUUGGCAAACACCCUUGAUGUCCCCAGUCGCAACCUUGGUCGACAGGCAUUUACUGACAUCAAGCAUGCUGCACAUAGCAGCGAAACUUCUCUCUUUUUGACUGUGACAUCCUUCAUUAGGGCCAUCCAGCUCGGAGGGAAGGGCUAUGCUCCAGCAGAGUCCGAUCCACUGAGGAAACAUAUGAAAGGGCUGUCUGACUAUGUCCAGUUUCUAGACAACCUGGACGAAAUGCUGGGGGAAAUUCCUGACCCAAGUGAAUGUGGUGCCAGGCUGGUGACCGCUAUCAGGGCAGUGCUGGUUAAAGGACGCAGUAGUGGAGAUGCGGUCCACGCAGCAGCUGAUGAGGCUACACAGGAGCUAAAGGAAAGGAUUUUCCAGCUACACCAGUUCCAGAAACAGGCUGCUAAUGGAAGUAGGAUGGGAAUCAGUCCUGCCAGGCCAAAAGCAUAUGCAGUCAAUCAUGCUACUGCAUACGGAGGUCGAGACACCGUGAAGGUUCUUAUGGCCCUGCUGGAUGAAGAAGCACUGACUCCUCCUUGUCCAAACAAGGCAGACCUGCUGUCUGAGGAUCAACCUGUCCUCAGUGGAGCCGAGGGAACCUGCGUCCUUAUGCUGUUCAGAUCCCCAGAAGUGUCUACUGGAUGCUCUCCAGAACCAUUGAGGAACAGAGUCCAGAGCCGACUGGACCUGAUCAAACCCAAGACCAGAGACAGGGUUAUCCGAUCCCAGUUUGCCUGCACAUAUAAAGAUGACGACCUACCACUCAACCGGAUGCUAGACUUCCCGAACACCAGUCAAGUGCACCCAGCCCCCAAGUCAAAGAUUAUCAGUGCUAUGGAAGACAGUUUUGACCCUGAUGGGCACGAUGCAAGCACAGCCAAGCCUACAACCGAAUGCCGGAAAAAUGAGCAAAGUAAAGUACAACGAAAGGUUGCUCUUAAGCAAAGAAGUAGAAAUGCCCAAAACGAAGGUGCAGAUCUGAGUAAUGGGAAGAAAACUGGCAUUCACAUGCAGAGCAAGGGUAACAAGAGGAAGCAGCUGGAUUCUGAUCAACAUGGCGGAUCAGAGAAUGAGCCUCCUGAGAAGAAAAAGCACACUAAUGUGUCAGUCAAAGUGGCCAGCAAAAAUGUCAGCAAACCCUCAAAUAAAAAGAAGCUUAUAGCUGGACAGGGAAAGCUAACAAGCUUCUUCAGACUUUAAGUGUUACUUCCAUCAACUGUUGACAUGAUAUGAAUUUCAAAUGUAAAUACAAAGCAACUUUUAUGGCACGGCUCACAGUUUAGUAAUUUGUUUGGUGUUUAGUCUUAAAAACCUUUUGAGAUUUUAGAUUUAGCCAUACAUUACUUUCUUAUUGAGAAAUUAAUUACAAAGUAGUACCAUUUUAUAGGUGCCUGCAUGUUGUUGCACCUAAUACUAGUAGACAAUCAGUACAAAUUUAAAGUGAUGGCUAUAACCAGUUCCUAGCAAAUAAGUUUCUUUCUCUAUCCUCUAAAGCCUAGUUUACACAAAAGUUUAAAAAAAUUGUGUCAACAGCUAAUGGCAACUAGCUUAACUUGUAUAAAUACCAGAAUUAGAGAAAAACCAUUAAUGGUACUGUCUAGAUAGUUGAACAAAAGUCUCAUAUUUAGCUAAAGUAUUUUUUAAACAAAUUUAAAUGACAUAUGUAUUAACAUGCAUUUGGGAAAAUAAACCUAUUGACCUUUUGUCAAUUUUUCUUAUUUUUAUUUUUUUCAAGAUUCAGUGUUUUUUUUUUUUUUUUUACCAGAGUUGCAGGAAAUGUAUAGUUGGUUGCAAUAUGAACAUAUGUGAGUCAACAUUUUGUCAUUGCACUUUAUUCCUAAUCAUCUUCAAUGUUUUUGUAAAUCCUCCAGGUAUUUUGUAUAUUUCAUAGAGAAUUUCCAAAUGUCAAUUUAAGCUGAGGUGUGUUCUUUCUGCUCUGACUUGUUUUUGUUUGUUAUAAACAUUUUGGGGUUUUGUGAAGUAUUCCAAUUGAUUUAUCCUACUGCUUCUAGAGCUAAAGGCCAACUAGCUUAAAUACCAGAAGCAGAGCAAAACCUAAUGGCACUAUCUAGCUAGCUUGCUAGCUGUUAGCAAUAGCUUCAUGGUUAGCUUGGAUAUCCCUCCUGAGCAGUAGGAUAAAUGUGGGUGACUGCAACCUGAACAUAUCAAAUGUGAGUCAACAUUUGGUCAUUGCACUUUAUUUCUAAUUAUCUUCAUUAUAUAAACUAUGGCAAGGUAACUAUAUUUAAUCAUUGGUUAUUCAACCUGUAAAAUUACAAUGCAGGCUUAAUUCUCAAUAAACUCCCAUUUUUUUGUAC